GGCGCAGCGUCCCGGCUUCUCUUGCCUGCCUUGUUGACCGUGUCGCGAGCCGACAGCGGAGGAGAGGGGUUAGGGUUCUUGCGCUCCCUGCGCGCCGCCGCCGCCGCCCGGAAAAUAGGGGAGGGGAGGAUGGAGGGAACUAGCCGCGCGGACGGGAGGAACCCGAACCAGCUCCGGCCCUUCAGCUGCACCGGCAACCCGCUCAACCGCGCCCACGGCUCCGCUCGCUGGGCGCAGGGCGACACCGUCGUGCUGGCCGCCGUCUACGGGCCCAAGCCGGGGACCAGGAAGGGGGAGAACCCGGAGAAGGCCUCCAUCGAGGUCGUCUGGAAGCCCAAGACCGGCCAGAUCGGAAGGCAGGAGAGGGAGUAUGAGAUGACACUCAAGAGGACGUUGCAGAGCAUCUGCAUGCUCACCGUUCAUCCAAACACCACCACCUCUGUUGUGCUUCAGGUUGUGGGUGAUGAUGGCUCUCUUCUGCCAUGUGCAAUUAAUGCUUCCUGCGCUGCCCUUGCAUUUGCUGGCAUCCCUUUGAAACAUCUUGCAGUCGCAAUUGGCUGUGGGGUGAUGGAGAAUGGUGUGGUUAUUUUAGACACAAACAAGGCAGAAGAGCAGCAACUGAAGUCCUUUGCUCAUCUGGUGUUCCCCAGUUCACGCAAGUCGGUCGAUUUGAAGGAAGCAAAAGAGAAAGACGCCGAGUUUGAGCGAGGGUUGAUAACCUCAAUCUCCCAUGGAGUGAUGUCUGAGGACGACUACUUGAACUGCAUAGAGAGAGGUCUUGCGGCGUCCUCACGGAUCUCGGAUUUUAUGAGGAAGACUCUGCAGAAGGGGGCGGAUGCCUGAGUGGCAUCAUGGUUGACAGCAUAGUGCGAUUUUGGUGGCAGCUCGCUCAUGUUGCAGUGGAGGCGGCAACCAACUAGCAGGAGGAAAUGCUGCUACUUGAUCUAGUUGCCGUGAGCGCUGAAUCAUUGUAGAGGCGAUUGGUGAGGAUCUGAUGUUAGUUGGUUUUGACGAGUUUGUGCACAAUGUUACUAUCGACUUGCGGAGUCCCUCAGAUUUGUAUUUGGGGUCCGCAUAUUGUCGUGCUUUGUUUGGUGGAUGAAAUGAUUGACGAAGGUGUUGGUAGAACGCAA